AUGUCAACAGCAGGCCGUGGGCGUGGAUACACGGGGCGUCAUCAUUUGCGCGAGCCAAGACCUGGAGGUGAUCCUGAUCUUAACGAGGAGCUAGAGGCGGUCAGGACACUGGCUGAACUCAGUCCUAGAGCCACAGACCCGGCAAAAAUAGAGCAAAAAGAGAAAAAGAAAGAACCGGAAAUGGAGAAAGAGAAGCCAGAUGAGAAGAAAGACAGGGAAGUGAAGUACCACGUGAGCGCCGAGGACGAUGCCGUGUUAAAAGAGCUGUUGUUUGUCGAUGAACAAUAUGCACCACUGUUAGCUUUGCUAGAACAGUUCUCUCCCGGCGAAGAUGGCAUACAGUUCAACAGAAAAUUAAGAAACUUCGAAAGCAACGUCAGUACUAUGUGCCCAGAUGAAACUCGGCUGCAGGCAGCCUUUGCAACAUUUCGUGCGGCAGCCCUGGUGAGUUCCGUAACGGCUCGCAAGCUGGCGGCCGUCGGUUCCUCGUUCACGCGACAGCAGAGGCAGCAGCUAUUACGAGGAGCCUUGCUUAACAUCGUCAUGCAGGGAACCUUUGCAAAGCUGGAGGUGCUGGAACGAGCCAACCCGUCUUUCCUGAUAAACGCCGCUAACCUCAUGGGCGACUAUUUCGCUGAGGCUCGUCUCUGCAACGGGAACAAAGUCCACAUUCUGGCGAGUCCGUUGCUUCAAUACAUGCGUGCGUUGUUGACAAGUGAUGAUAUAAGAGCCCAUCGCAGCCUUGCUACACAGUUAAUGCAAAACGGCCGAGAACUACUCUCGGUGCUGGCUCAGGAACUGGACGACCUUUCAAUCUCAAUCCGUCUCCGGCUCCUCGCACCACCACCAGUCAGCAUCAUCUGGCUCCUUCUCUCCGCCGACUUGUGCCUCAACAAAUUCCUACCCCUACCGAACACACUGCAACAAUUCUACGCCUCGCAUUUGGAACUGACAUCGGACGAAAACUACAGCGAAGUAAGCUACGGUUCGUGGAAGAAAGAAAAAGACGGAUACAGGUCUGACAGCUCAGAUCUAGCCGAAAAGGUCAGUCAGAAUAUGUCUCAAAUUAGCCUUAAUCACGAGGAGGAUGCUAAACCUAAGUUAAGACCUAUAUUAGGUGCCGGAGCAGGUUUAUUAAGACAGGAACAAGCUUUGUCGGUUAGUCAGGAUAAUUUUGAUACAUGGACGUCUAAAAGUAGUUUAACUAAACGGUAUGAUUUAAAUUCAUGGCGACAGGAAGAGAAGCUCAAGGAAGAAGAAUUGCUAAUGAACACACCCAUACAAAAUUUCUCAUCUGUGCCAGAAUUCCAACGGUUUAACAAUUAUCCACAAGAGAACUUCGUUAACUAUCUCCAACAGGGUGAUGGGGCGUACAUUCAAAACCAGUAUACAAAUAACCAGAACUUCACAUCUCAAGGUGAUUUCGUGCCUCAAUAUCAGGAACGGUUUGAGAAACCGUUCACACCAUUACCACAAGAAAAGGAACCGGAAACCCAGUUUCAAACAACACAGUUUCAGAAUGAAAGACCGUUGCCGGAACGGGUGAACAAUGAAAUUCAAAAGAGUCGUAGACCUGUUGAAAAUUGGAGAAAAGAAAAAGGUGAUGCCAACGAAGACCCGAAUAGGAAUAGAUCUAAAAACUGGACAAGACAACGUUCCAAAGACAACAUAGAAGAGGAUGAGGAAAAAAAAGACGGUGAGAAAUUCAAAUCCCGGUCAUCAAGACCGUUGAACCGGGUCAACCGAAGAAACAGUGCGGACACUGACUCGGGCACCAAUGGGGGCAACUCCAAGACGCCUCCACGCAGACAUGUAACAGAAGUUCCACGUAACCAUAAAUACUGGGACCACGAUGACCGAUGUGACAAAGACUACAAUAGUUAGUAGACUUAGUUUUCUUUCCUCCUUAUAGUGCUAAUUAGUAACUGUUUGUUUAAGAGAUGCUGGUGUUUUAAGAUUUUCUUAAUAAAGAUUGUUUAUUACAGCGUUCUUAGAUAUUUUGGUCCACACAGCUUCAAAAUUAACGGACCAUUAAAAUGUUUCCUUUAUCUGAAUUUACGGUAGUUGACUUACCCAUUGUUUGAGUUAUAUAAACCAGAAACUUCAAAUUUCAAUGCUAAGUGAAUUACGUAAGGUAUAAAUUUGCAACAAAAGAUACAUAAAACAUUGUAUACGUUUAAAUUGUGGCCUAUAAUUAAAAAAUGCACCAAUAUGGUUGAUUUUCAAACCACAUUGACUGUACCACAAUAUCAGCUUUUAAUGUACAAUGAGUUAGCGUGCUUAACUUGCUUUGUGUCGCACAAAACACAAGAAUCCUUUUUAAUUAUCACCUUGGCAAAACUGCAGUUUAGUCGCUGCAGAGGUCCUUGUGAGAGUUCGUCCAAGGAACUACAGGUGAAAUGACUGACACGUAGGACUUGUCAACUUACGUCUCAGGGUGACGGGCACAGUGGCAGUGCCAUCUUUGCGAUUUAAAGCUCUGAGUGGCACUGCAACUGUUAUGGACAGGCGUGUAGCU